UCUCUUCCUAAUCCCUUCUUUCACCAAAUCUCAGCCUUCCAGACAGAGAGACCACUCUACUUCCUUCCCUGCGUAAUCCCUUGUUGCCCCUUCUCAUUUCUUUGAUGAUCCAUCCUCUUCUCCGCGACGGCGAUCUCCGCCACCGGAAUCUGUACCUCUACGACUCUAUCACCUGCCUGCAUCUUCUUCGACCUUCAAUCUGCGCAGUUUCUUGAUGGGGCCUAAGAAGAAAAUCAUUGAUCCGCGUUCUAAACAAUCUCCUGCUGCUCGUGGAGUUGUUGUCGAUGUUCCAAGCUCAGCGAACGCAGCCGACCAGAAUUCAAUACCUGAAAAGGCUAGUAACCACAACCAAAGUAGGAUCGAGCCGGUGCUUCUCAAUGGACCGGAUGGGUUGUCUUAUUCCACAGUUAAACUCGAAUGCGAGCGGGCUCUUACCGCGCUUCGGCGCGGGAACCACACUAAGGCACUGAGGCUUAUGAAGGAGUUGAGCUCCAGAAAUGAGAACUCUGUUCACUCUGCAUUGAUUCAUCGAGUUCAGGGUACUAUUUGUGUAAAGGUAGCGUCGAUUAUUGAUGACCUGAAUACAAAGCAGCGGCAUUUGAAGAAUGCGAUUGAGUCUGCUCGUAAAGCAGUCCAGCUCUCACCUAACUCUAUCGAGUUUUCCCAUUUCUAUGCAAAUUUGCUGUACGAGGUUGCAAACGAUGCGAAGGAGUAUGAGGAGGUGGUGCAGGAGUGUGAGCGGGCCCUUGGCAUUGAAAAUCCAAUCGAUCCCGCCAAGGAGAGCUUGCAGGAUGAAAAGAGUCAGAAGAUACCUACUGCAGAAGCGCGGAUUACACAUGUUCAAACUGAAUUGAGGCAGUUAAUUCAAAAGUCAAAUAUAUAUUCGAUAUCAUCUUGGAUGAAGAACUUGGGUAACGGGGAGGAGAAGUUUAGGUUGAUUCCGAUAAGAAGAGUGACAGAGGACCCAAUGGAGGUGAGGUUGGUUCAGGCUAGAAGGACAAAUGAAAUUAAGAAGGCAACCAAAACACCUGAGGAGAGAAGAAAGGAGAUUGAAGUCCGUGUUGCUGCUGCAAGGCUUUUGCAACAGAAGUGUGAGACACCUCAAAUUCAAAACGAAGAAGGUAAAGUUGAUCGGUCCCUAGAUUCAUCUUUAGGAUCUGGUACAAGAGCUGGCGAGCGACGGAAACAUGGCAAUUUACGGAAACAGGGAUCUUCAGCUGAAAGGAGGGAUUUGGUUCAUUCUUUUUGGAAUUCCAUGAGUAUAGAAGCAAAGAAAGAUUUGCUUAAGAUCAAGAUAAGUAAUCUUAAGGCGCAUUUUAGUUCUUCAAAGGAUGCUUCGGCGAAUGAAGUUAUUUCAGAAGCUUUGUCCUUUUAUGAUGCCAAUAAAACAUGGAAAUUUUGGGUUUGCUGCAGAUGUGAUGAGAAAUUUGUGGAUUCGGAUUCCCAUAUGCACCAUGUGGUUCAAGAGCACAUGGGUAACCUUUUACCAAAAAUGCAAUCAAUUUUGCCCCAGAAUGUUGAUGAUGAAUGGACCAAAAUGAUUCUUAAUUGCUCCUGGAAAGCAUUGGAUGUAUCAGCUGCAGCUAAAAUGCUCACCGCUGAAACAAAAUGCAAAGAUUCUGAGUUGGUUGUAGAUAUCUUCCCACAGCAUCAUUCAGAAUGUGAUAACUAUUUCAAAGAUGCAUGGGAUUCUUCUCCAGAGAAGCAUAAAUAUGGGGAUAGUUUAAAUGAAUGCCGGCUUUCUGAAAAAAUUACCAACAACGGAUCUAAGACCUAUCAUGAAAACCAGGGUUCUGUGGCAUCAUAUUCCUCAUCUGACAGCUUUCCUGUAUCUGAUGAUCUUGAGCGUACAAAGCUUCUUGAGAAAAUUCAUGCAGUAUUUGAGUUGCUUAUAAGACAUAAAUAUCUUGCUGCUAGCCAUUUAAACAAGGUUAUACAAUUUGCAAUGGAUGAGCUACAGGGUCUUGCUUCUGGAUCUCAUCUUCUAAACCAGGGUCUGGACCAAACACCACUAUGUAUUUGCUUUCUAGGUGCUUCUCAGCUUAGGAAAAUCCUCAAGUUUUUGCAAGAAUUAUCUCAGUCUUGUGGUAUUGGUAGAUACUCUGAUAAAACUACUGGUCAAAUUGAAGAUUCAAAGAGUGAUAAACAAGCGGUUGAAGUCAGAGAGAAAGUUGUUCUCAGUGAAGAUGCGUGUUUGCUCCUGAAUGAGUGUUUGCUGUCAUCUGAUAUCACUCAUGCUGAUGUUCCGGUUGCAGCUGCAGAUCAUAUGCUUGCUGCAACUGCCAAGGAUGUUACUUCAAAUGGGGUUCUUUCUGGUGUUGACCCCUUUCUUUCCUGGAUAUAUGCAGGUCCCUCUAGUGGGGAACAGUUGGUCUCAUGGGAAAAAACAAAGGAAGAAAAGAUACAGCGACGAAUGGAAAUUUUUCAAAUGCUUGAGAAGGAAUUUUACCAUCUGCAGAGUCUUUGUGAGAGAAAAUGUGAGCAUUUGAACUACGAGGAAGCGUUGCAGUCAGUGGAGGAUCUCUGCCUUGAAGAGGGCAAGAAGACGGAAGCUUUGAAUGAAUUUAUCCCCAAGAGUUAUGAGUCAGUCCUGAGGAAGCGAAGGGAGGAGCUUAUUGAGGCUGAAAAUGGUGUGCUGUUUAUCAGCAGUAGGUUUGAGUUAGAUGCUGUAACUAAUGUUCUGAAAGAAGCAGAAACUCUGAAUGUUAAUCAAUUUGGAUACCAGGAAACUUUUGCCAGCGUGUCUCCACAGUUAGGAGAUCUGGAAUCUGGUGAAGAUGAAGAACGGAGAGCUAAGGAUUAUUUGCAUGAAGUUGAUACUUGUAUAGAAGUUGCAAUACAGAGACAGAAGGAACAGUUAUCUAUUGAGAUUAGCAAAAUUGAUGCCCGCAUCAUGCGAAAUGUUACUGGAAUGCAACAGUUGGAACUUAAGCUCGAACCUGUUUCUGCACAUGAUUAUCAAUCGAUAUUGUUGCCUCUUGUAAACUCAUACUUGAGGGCACAUUUAGAAGAUUUGGCUGAAAAAGAUGCCACAAAGAAGUCUGAUGCUGCAAGCGAAGCAUUUUUAGCUGAAUUGGCACUGGAUUCGAAGAAGGGUAUCAGAGGAGGAACUGAUAAUUCAAGACAUGCACAUGAAAAACCAAAGGAAAAGAAAAAGAGCAAGGAGUUUAGGAAAGUCAAGGAGUCUAAGGUGGUCAGUGGUCCUGAGCAGGAUGUGCAUCGUGGUCAGGCUGUCGAUGGAGAUCCCUUUCCAGUUUCAUCUGAUGGUGAUGCUGCAGAGGUGGAUAUUGCUGUUUUUGAGAAUGUUGAUGCUUUAAGACUACAGGAGGAAGAGCUCAGACGCAAAAUUGAGCUGGAAGCUGAUGAAAGAAAGCUAGAAGAGACUUUGGAGUAUCAAAGACGAAUUGAGAAUGAGGCUAAACAAAAGCAUUUGGCUGAACUGCAAAAGAAAUCUGCCCAGACAACGCAUAGUAAUCUCGCUGGACUUGUCCCCAAUGUUGAAGGUGCUGAUAAACAUUUCAAGCCUUCUGUGGUGGAUAAAUUGGCAGAAAAUGAUUUGGUUUCCGACUUGUCUAGGAAUGGUCCUGCCGUGCGAAAUGCUUUGUCAGGUGUCUCCAAUGUAGGAGUUCUAGAGAAUAGUCUGCCGUCAUCUGAUAGGAAGAAGGGGAGGAAAGGUAGACGACACAAGGUUUCAAUCAAACCAGUAGAUGGAAAUCAGCCUUCACCAUCUGAUAAGGAUAACGUAGCCUUUGACAACCAAUUGACUGAACAAGUUAGAUAUCAUGGCAAUCCUCUGCAAGAUAGUGUUAAUCCACUUCUUGAAGAUAAUAGUACAAAGACUUCGAGACAACAUGUGGAGGAUGAAGAGGAAAGAUUUCAAGCUGAUCUUAAGAAGGCUGUACGCCAGAGCCUUGAUGCAUUUCAAGAACAGCAGAAAUUACCCUUGAUUAUGAGUUCCAGGACACCAUUGAUCAGUCAUGGUGAAGUAGAUAGUAAUGGUCUUCCAUCAAAUGAACGCAAUGUAGAAAAUGUGCAGGCAGCUGGUAUGUUUGGUACAGGACUUAAGAAUGAAGUUGGUGAAUAUAAUUGCUUUUUGAAUGUGAUUAUUCAGUCAUUAUGGCAUUUAAGACGGUUUCGAGAAGAGUUCCUGAGAAGAUCUAUGACUGAGCAUGUUCAUGUUGGGGAUCCCUGUGUUGUUUGUGCAUUAUAUGAAAUUUUUGCUGCCUUGAACAAGGCAUCUGCAGAUUCUAGAAGAGAAGCAGUCGCCCCCACUUCUUUGAGAGUAGCUCUGAGCAAUCUUUGUCCUGAUAGUAAUUUCUUCCAAGAGGGUCAGAUGAAUGAUGCCUCUGAAGUUUUGGCAGUCAUAUUUGAUUGCCUACACCAGUCAUUGACUGCUAGUUCGAGUGUUUCUGAUACAGACACAGUAGAAAGCAAUUGCAUAGGGUCUUGGGACUGUUCAAGUGACACUUGUUUGGUACAUUCCAUCUUUGGAAUGGACAUUUUUGAACGAAUGAAUUGCUACAGUUGUGGCCUGGAAUCUAGACAUCUGAAGUACACUUCCUUCUUUCACAAUAUAAAUGCUAGUGCUCUUCGGACAACGAAGGUUAUGUGUUCAGAAAGCUCCUUCGAUGAACUUCUGAAUGUUGUUGAAAUGAAUCAUCAGCUAGUAUGUGAUCAGGAUGUUGGUGGAUGUGGAAAACUCAAUUACAUUCAUCACUUCCUCUCCGCACCACCACAUGUAUUCACAACAGUCUUGGGCUGGCAGAAAACUUGUGAGAGUGCUGAUGACAUCACAGAGACAUUAGCUGCUCUAAGUACUGAGAUAGAUAUCAGUGUUCUUUAUCGGGGUCUAGAUCCAAAGAAUGUCCAUAAUUUGGUAUCAGUGGUUUGCUAUUAUGGUCAACACUAUCAUUGUUUUGCGUACAGUUGUGACAAGAAAUGCUGGAUAAUGUAUGAUGAUAGAACCGUUAAGGUAAUUGGUGGCUGGGCUGAUGUUCUUACCAUGUGUGAAAAAGGACACUUACAACCUCAGGUUCUUUUCUUUGAAGCUGUAAAUUAGCAAUAUUUUGGAACUGUCUCAUUAGUCAUACUGGUGGAGCGUAGUGGUUUACAUUUGAUUUCUGCCAUGGCGAGUUGUUUAUAAGGAAGACUUGCCUUGUACGCUCAUGGAAUUCAAACAGUACGUGUAAUAUCGGUUUCAAAAGAAAAAUUUUGAUCGGGUCCUAACAUGAUAAUCUCUUGAGUUUUAUGAUACAAUCAAUUUUUUUUGGAGAAGAUCUGGUCCUCAAGGAGAGAGUAUUGUAAGUAUGAUAGAUUUUCUUCUAACUUGAGGGAGCCAGAUGAUUGGAGACACCCAGGUUUCUGCUUCUGGAAUUCCUUCUUUGCUUUGAUCCUUUAAAUAAGGUUUUGUCAAAUAAGGUAAGGAAUGGGGUAUUAAAUGGGUGGUUUUUGUGAUAUCUACUACUUGGGGGAGGUUUUAUAGCUGUGUAUCGUAAGAGGUAAUGAUUUCUGGUUGUCGAGAAGAGACCGACCAACAUAGCGACCAGUCGAGACAGAGUCUAGUUAGAGACAAUGCUAGAUGCUUUUCAUCUUUCUCAUUUACUUUUCUGCAGUUUUAGAUGUGCUGUAUAGUUCCAAUUAAAAGUCACUUGGCCUCUGCCUAUGUCCACUCUAAACUGCAAUUGUUUUGUCAUCCAGAAUUUGGUGAUCGACAUGAGCCGCAAUCUUCAAGUUUCCUUAUUCUGCA